AUGUUAGAAGCACUAUUCAGGGAUUCUGUGGGAGAAGCCGUUAACGACUCUAUCAAGCAGGGUGUUGUGAUGGCAGUUUAUACUACUGCACAAGAUGAUCAAUGGCUGCAAAGCUGGUUCAAGGAAGAUGAUGUCGCAUUGGAUGUUUUAGCGGAGCACAGUAUUUGGUUGAAGCUGGUGAAAGGUAGCGAGCAAUUUCAGUUGUUUGAGCAAGUCUUCCCUAAUGUAGUGGUGCCCAGCAUAUAUUUGAUACGUGCCGGAAACAUAGAACUGAUCAUUCAAGGCAAGGAUGAUCGGCAUUGGGAGAAGUUGUUGGCGUGCCUAGGUAUUGAAAACAAGAAAAUAGGUGAAACCUUGUCCAAGGAGACAAAAUCAGAUCUGGCCAAGGAGGUAAGUUCAUCCAAAGACAUUCGCAAGAAGAAAAAUGCAAGAGAAAGAAUUGCAGAGACCACUUUGGAAAUCCAACGUCGGGAACAACUAAAACAGCGAAAGUUGGCUGAAGAAGAAAGAGAACGGAUCAUAAGACUUGUCAGGGCAGAUCGUGCAGAAAGAAAAGCCCUAGAUGAAACACAUCACCGGACUCUUGAUGAUGAUAAGCCGCUAGAUGUUCAUGAUAACAUAAAAGACGUGCAGAAGCUGCACAGUAGCAAAUGCAUGCUGCAAAUUAGGAUGACUGAUGGUAGAACUUUAAAACAUGAGUUCAAUUCAUCAGAAACAUUGAACGAUGUUAGAAGAUGGGUGGAUGAAAACAGGACAGAUGGAGAUUGUCCGUAUUCGUUCCAUAGGAGCAUCCCUAGGAUGACGUUUAAGGAUUCCCAUGAGUUGAAAACGCUGGAGACGUUGGAGCUAACUCCCAGAUCAGCAUUGUUACUUAAACCGCUGGAAAGUCCAAAUUCCAAACUAGCCGUAACUGGGAUUCAGGAGCCAGGAAUUUUGGGUCGUCUCUACAAGGGACUUUACACAUGGUGGGGUAGUAAUGAAGAGCGUAAAGCGGCACCACAAAAUGAGGGAACAUCUGAUCUCGAUCGUCAUGAAACAAGAUCAUCAACUGCUUCAUUCAGGACUGCUCCGUCAGGUCAUAUACAGCAGGAGGAUGCUCGGGAUCCCGUUCAGUCUUCUGCGCAUGUAUCACCCAUGCUGACACCUAGUUGGACAAGGUACCCAUCCGAAACCAACCUAACUGCAUCGCGUUCUGUCUCGCCUAAUGUUUUCCAGUUUGUUAAUAACGAUAACCAAGAUGCUCCUGAAGACCCGACGACCUUUAAUGGUAAUAACGUUCAUUUAGAGAAGAAGAAGGACGAAGAUAAAAAAUAA